CCGACCGCCUUCAAAAUGCUUUAAGUCUUGAUUCGAUUUCAAUUGUCAUUAACAAACGCCCGGUGUUAUGACGGUUUCCAAACAUUCGACUUCCGGAUAAUGUUCCAGGUACACAAGUGCUUUAAAUUUCUCUACUUUUGGACAAAAGCCGUGCCAGAGACUUCGGUCGCGCCGUCCCAGCCUACGUCCGUGGGAAUCAGGUUUUUCAGUACCUCGAAUAUCGGAUUCUAAAACUGUACCAUGUAGGUCGUAGGGGACCGGAGAUCAGCUCCUCGUAGAUCAAACGCUUCACAGCUAACAAUCACCACGCUCCGUCAACCAGGGACGACCUCAUGUCAUACGAGUUAUGUUAACCCCCAUUCUGGGACUGCCGUUCUACCGUGUACAUGCAGUGUCCUGGGGUAUGUUACAUGGGCAGCUCACCAACAGGCCUAAAAUGGUUCAACGCACAAGAAGUUAACAGAUGCUUGAUUCCCGGGAGCUCAUCUAGGCACGCUCGCCCGGGGAAGUAUUCCGUGGAAUUACGGAAGAGCGGCCGGAGAUGUUUAAGUGAACUAACUUAGAGCCUCGUCAAACCCGUCACACAAUUCUACUAUCAAGUAGCAUUAAAUAAUAUCCGUUAAAAUGGAACCAAAGCGAUCUAGACUUCCAAUAACUUGGACUUUGAGACCAGUGUUGCCAGAGGAUGUAAAGACUGACUCUAUCAUCACAGUAAAUGUGUUUGUAGACACUAUUAUUAAUCGAACCUCUACUAGCAAAAUCGUUAAGAGUCUUGGACAACUGUCUGUGAUAAAUUCUUUGACUCAUCUCAAACGUGUUAAUAAUCAAUCAAUCAUACUAAUGUUAGCCAACGAUUUAAAUCCAGAUCAGUGUGUGGCAGAAUUAAAAAACAAAGGAUUUGAUUUUAAUGGACUAUCAGGUCGACCUAAGAUUGUACCUGUCCCGGCGUUCAUGCCAAAAACAUGUAGCCAAAACCUACAGGCUCGUAAGCUGUGGCCGUGUAAUUUUCACCCAGACAAACGACUAGAGUCAAUAUUGUGCGGUGAAUUCUUUAAUCAACUUCAACUUGCCACUAUUGAUCGAUACAUGAGGACAGCGUUGUCAUGUGCGGCUGGUGGAGUGGGUGCUGUGGUAGUCGAUCCUUCGAAAGAUCUAAUUGUAGCGCAAAGUGGUGAUUUCCGUGCCGAACACCCUGUAAAGCAUGCGAUCAUGUGUGUGGUGGAUGAAGUAGCCAAGGUUCAAGGAGGCGGCGCAUGGAACUCUUCGUCGACCAUAGCUAAAACAUCUAGUGUCUCUACUGACCUUAUUAAUGGUGACAAGACUGGUCCAUAUUUAUGCACAGGAUACGAUGUGUAUGUAACUAAAGAACCAUGUGUGAUGUGUGCGAUGGCAUUGGUGCACAGCAGAGCAAGGAGGGUAUUCUAUGGAUGUGAGAAUGACAGCGGGCUCGGAGGCUUAGGUGGAUCGGUCAGCAUACAUCUCCUUAAAGGAAUAAACCAUCGAUUUGAGGUUUACGCCGGUGUUUUAGAAGAAGAGUGCAGAACUACAGCAUUGCAAUUGCCUACUAAAAAUGUUGCUCAAAACAUGAAAUACACAGAAUAAAAAAUUGUAAAAUCUUCCAACAAAUAUAUUUGUCUUAAAUAGGUCCCUAAUACCUAUUCAUUUUUUUGAA